UCAAAUCUUACGUUAGAGGCUUCAGUUUUAUCCUUUGAUCAGAAGCUUAAAGUAAGCCAGAGAACCUUCAAGUGAACAUUUUCAGUCUAGAAAUCGGUUUGUUUGCAGCUUUCAUAUUCGCAGCUCUCAAACGUUCAGCAUCGGCUGAAAAACCAUUUGGAAACAUUUGGAAACUUUAGUGAGUCAGUGACUAAAGAUUGCAAAUGUCUCAGCACGCACGAUCUCUCGACUGGGAUGAUCAGCCACAUUUCUCACAUGAGGCUGAAUCCCUCACAAGUCCUGGAGAAGACCGGGAAGUUCCAAAUCUGCAGUACCAGGUCAAUAUGCAGAUUGCGUGUGAUUACUGGGAAACGAUGUUUAAUCAAGCACAGGAGCGGAUUAUAUACUUGAUGCGAAAGAAGCAACAGCAAAGAGCUGAGUACAAUGAUUUGUGCUCCAGGCUCCAGGCAUCAGAGAAACAAAAUGAAAAGCAGCAGAUGAUGCUUGAUGAAGCCCGGCGAAGACUUGCUGAAAUUCUUGAGGAGAAGGACGAAGAGGAAGCCAGACACAAACAAACAUUGGAAGAGAAGAAAGAGGAGGAAAUAAAACACCAAGAGGUCCAAUACAAGCUCAGUGAAUUGGAAGCAGUGCAUAAGGAGAUGCAACACAAGCUUGAAGACGUUCAGGAAAAGAACAAAGUCUUGCAAGCAGAGCUUGAUGACGCCCUGCAAAGGAAUGGAGAAUUGCUGAAAGAAAAUGAACAUCAGGAAGAAACGCUGAGAGAGACAGAGCAUAUUCUCCAUGACUUUCAGAAGAAAAACACAGACCUGCGAGUGUUUUACAACCAACUCAAGGACAAAAGGGAUGAAUUAGAAGAAGAAAAGGAAGAUCUGGAGAAGAUAUGUGGAGAGAUGCAGUGCCGGAUCCAACAAAUGGUGACACAAAAAGCAGAAUUGGAAAAUCUCUGUGACAGUGUACUGCACCGAAACAGUGAAAUGCGUGAGGAGAUGCAAGAACAGUUGAAAACUCAUGAAAAGAUGCAGUGUACACUUCAGCAAGUGCUGAGGAGAAAUCAGGAGUUUCAAGACAUGUACGAGGCAAAGAAAGAACAGGACGAGAAAUUUAAAGAAGUGCAAGAAAAGAAUGGAGAACAGCAGGAAAAAAUAGAAGAACUGGAAAAAAGGUGCAAAAAACUUGAGGAGCAGAAUGCUCAAGGUAUCAAUGACCUGCACAACAGUAUAUUACAGCACAAAGAGCUGCAGGAACGCUGGCUAAAGAAGAAAAAGCGUUUCAAGUUUUUCUGGAAUAACUAGACUGCCUCACCGUCCUCCACCUUUAGUCAUCUCCUUCACUGUGACCUCUCCUCGCUGCCUUUCUCUCCUCUAGCCAUCCUCUCCAUCAGCUUCCUCAGUCCCCCUCCUUUUUCUUUUCCUUUCACCCCCCCCAGCUGGUCUCGGCAGAUGGCUGCUCCUCCCUGAGCCUGGUUCUGCUGGAGGUUUCUUUCUGUUGGGAGUUUUUCCUCCCUACUAUCGCCUAGUGCUUGCUCAGAGGGGAUUGUUGGUGGCGUUCUCUUCUCUAUCCCUUUCUUUUCACCCUUUC